GGUUAAUCGCCAUAUUGAAAUAAUCAAUCGAGAAGCAGGCGACUUGUUGGGCAGAUUGUGCAAGUAUUUUCUUCCGAAGUGUGCUCAGAUUCAUCAUGGAUGAAGAAUAUGAUGUGAUUGUGCUAGGCACGGGGCUUAAGGAAUGCAUCCUCAGUGGCCUGCUUUCUGUGGCUGGGAAGAAGGUCCUACAUAUGGACAGAAACAAGUACUAUGGUGGUCAGAGUGCAUCCAUUAGUCCUUUAGAAGAUCUCUUUGCACACUUUGGUAAAAGUGCCCCCGGUGAAGAGUUUGGUAGAGGAAGAGAUUGGAAUGUUGAUCUGAUUCCUAAAUUUCUGAUGGCAAAUGGUCAACUGGUGAAGCUGCUGGUACACACUGGUGUAACUCGUUACCUAGAUUUUAAAGGAAUUGAAGGCAGCUAUGUGUACAAGGGUGGCAAAAUCUACAAGGUCCCCGCCAAUGAAAAAGAGGCACUUACAUCAUCUCUCAUGGGUAUUUUUGAAAAACGGCGUUACCGACAAUUCCUGCUAUUUGUACAGGAGUUUAACCCAGAAGAUCGAGCCACUUGGAAGAAUGUUAACCCAAAAGAAACAACUUCAGAGGAAAUGAUGCAGAAACACUACAACCUUGAGAAAAAUACCAUAGACUUCACUGGCCACGCUCUGGCACUUCACUCCAAUGAUGAGUACUUGAAGAAGCCCUGUGAGGAGACCUUGCUAAGGAUCAAGCUGUACAGUGGGUCGCUAAAUGCCUACGACAGCCUAAAAUCCCCAUAUCUGUAUCCACUCUACGGACUUGGAGAGCUGCCCCAGGGCUUUGCUAGACUCAGUGCUAUAUAUGGUGGGACUUACAUGCUGGAGAAACCUGUGGAUGAGAUUGUGAUGGAAGACUGUAAGGUCGUUGGAGUGCGCUCAGGCGAUGAAACAGCCAGGUGUAAAGCUGUAAUCUGUGACCCUUCUUAUGCACCAGAGAAGUGCAGAAAAGUUGGAAGGGUUGUAAGAGCUAUCUGUAUUUUGGACCACCCUGUUCAAAACACCUCUGAUGCUGUGUCAUGUCAAAUUAUCAUUCCUCAGUCACAAGUAGGCAGACACAAUGACAUUUACAUUGGAGUUGUUUCUUCGGCUCACAAUGUGGCAGCAAAGGGGUUCUACCUGGCUAUAGUCAGCACCACAGUGGAAACCUCCACGCCAGAGAAGGAGCUGAAACCCGGCCUAGACUUGCUAGGAAACAUAAAGGAAAUGUUUAUUUCAGAACAAGAUUUGCUGGAGCCUGUGGAUGACGGCACAGACAAUCAGUUGUUCAUUUCCACUUCGUACGAUGCGAGCAGCCAUUUUGAGACCACCUGCACUGAUGUGCUUGACCUGUACAAGAGAGUGAUGGGGGCGCCAUUUGACUUCUCUGUUGUAAAGUCUCGUCUAGAACAGACCGACGAAUGAGUAGACAUCUGUGUUAAAAGAUAUUCUUGUGAUUCCACAUUCUGGUGUUCACCCACUCUGCCCUGCUCAGCAUAAAGUUGGCUGCUUCUGACUGGACUUGUGGAAAACUAAAUUGACAAAUUUGAUGUUAUUGUCGUGUCUAUACUAUCUCGUGGUUAUAGUAACAAACAUACACUUGUGUCAGAAAACGCCAAGAAUUGUCAGCUUUAGUUACAGUGUAUUGUGAAAACAGGCUGAUGUAUGCAUGGGGGUUGGGAAGGGAUCUGGGCUGCGGAAAUGUGAGAGGUGUACAGGGUUAACAUUGUUGAUGUGCUAAAAGUCAGGGGAUCCUUGGAUGUAUGUCUUGUGCAGGUGCAAGACAUCAAGAUGUAUAUACGCAAAUGUAAAGAUUUCUGUCUGUUCGAAAUUGCGAGCUUGUUCUAUCCCACCCACAGCCUGCUGUCAUGUGUUGUUCUCACAGUGCCAUGUAUCUUCCAAUGUCACUAAAUGGCUUAUUUGUGGAUGAACAGUGGGGACGUGCAAAUACUUUUCAUAAAUAUGUACAUAUACUAUAUAUAUAUAUAUACACACACA